CCCCAGGCCGCUAGGCUGGGGGAGGCCACUGGGAGUCCAGUGCAACCCAACCUUCCGCCCACUGGGUGCCGCCGCAUUCUCCCUUCUCUAAGUGUCCUUCCAUCUGGAACUCACUCUGGCUUAGUGAAAGGGGCCUCAUCCCUGACCCUCACCAGCUUAUGAAGGCUUCAUCUCAGGGAACUCUGGACCCCCCAUUUCUCCCUCCGUCCAUCUCCCCUUUAUCAUGUUUCUUUCUUCUCUGUGUCCCCCUCUUUCAGAGUCUCCCGUCCCCCACUGCCAGUCCCCCUGCCCCCUAGUCGCUGUCUCGCUCCUCCGCCGCCGUCUCCUGUCCAGCCUGCCUGGGCUGUGGCCCAGCCGCUCUGCCUGGCUGGCCUCCCUGGCUCCCCCUCUGCGGCUCUGAGCUAGCCCCACCCCCGGCCCCCCUCCAUCCAGCCUCUGAUCCGUCUGUGGACUCCGAGGUCGGGUGCCCGUCACACGGCCCCUGGGACCAAGGACAGACUACAGCCCCUCAGCACCCACAGAGGCUUUCCCUCAGCCCUAGCCGAGGAGCCCCCAGCGGAGGGCAUGGGGGUGGGCCGCCCCAACAGGUACGUGCCUCCACGCAAGGCCCCGCUGAGCCAUCCCCUCCUGCUCUGCUGCGUCGCCCCCAUCCACCCCUGCCCCAGCAUCCCUGUCCUCAGCUUGUCCCCUUCAAGAAGGCCUUGUCUUCCCAUCAGUGACAGGCUCAGCGCCAGGAGAAUCUACCCCCAGGUUCAGUGCCUCCAACUCUCACCCCAUCCCCAUUUUAUGCAUUUUCUCACUGGCUUCCAUCCUUUCAAAGAAAGCCUCUCUGUCUGUCUGUCUCUGUCUCUGUCUCUCUCCCCCAUCUCUGUCUCUCCCAUCUCUCUCUGCCUCUCUCUGUCUUCACAAUUUCAUCUCCCCAUGUCGCCAUUUCUUAAAACAUUUCUUUUCUCUUUUUCGUUUUCCCAAUUGCCCUGUCCGCCUCUAUCUUCUCUGUCCCCCUCCAUCUAGGUCUCUGUCCCCUCCUCUCUCUGGGUCUCUGUCCCCCUCUGUCUCUGAGUCUCUAUCCUCUCAAGGUCUCUGUUCCCCUCUCUCUGGGUCUCUAUCCUCUCUCAAGGUUCCCUUUCUCUCUGGAUCAAUGUCCCUUUCCUGCCGCCCUCUCUGGGUCUCUGACCCCCUCUCUCUCAGGGUCCCUGUCCUGCUUGGUCCCUGUACUUUUUCUUGGGGCACCCUCUCAACACCCCUCCUCCUGCCUAUCUCUGCAUCUCUUUGUCUUUCUGUAGUCUCUGCUUUCCAACCUGCUGUCCAGCCCCCACCACUAGGUGGGGAGUGGUGGGGAACACCCCUGGUUUCGGAAGAGUGAGAGUGUUGAUUUGGGUGGGUGAGGGUGGGGCCUGGGGGCGGGGCUUCUUGGCCUCAGAUUAGACAGUGACUUUGACACAAAGUUGAAGCACCUUAAGCCCUGUAUCUCCUUUAUAUGGAAACAUUAAGCUGCUCUCGCAGGUCAGGUGGAGGAUCCGUUUCCCUCCCGCCCUGCUUUUGCUAGGGGAGGGGAGUGCCCUGAGCCUGAGUCGCAGCCAGCCUGGGAGCUGGGCCAUGCUGGCCGCAGAUGGCCCCCUGGUGAAGGUCCCCAUUGGCUUUGGGAAUUAGACACGGGUCUGCCUCACGGGGCUGAGGUGGGACUGGAGGAUUUCGAGGGCAGAGCUCUGGGAAAGAAAGAAAGGCUUAGGACCCAACCAGCAUUCCCCCUGGCACUGCGGGGGCCUGGCCAGCUCAUGGCAUUCCCUGAGCCUGUUCCCCAACUGUGAAAGGGGGUGAUGAUCUUCACCUCCCGGCAUCCUGAGCAGCCAAGGUGAGCAGUGGGGUCUGAGAGUCCAGUGGGGGCUGUGGGCAUGUCGGGAGCUCAUCACGAGGCCUCGUACAUACCAGGUGUGUUUGAAACCAGAGUGCUCUUGAGAAGACUGUGGUUUGGCACUCGGGCCGUGGCUCCCAGGAGGCCUGGGUGGGAGGCCAGGUUUUGCCACUCCUCUCCCCACUGGCUGAGAGACCUGCGACAAGGGACUAACCUCAGCCCCAGUUGGCUUUUCUGUGAAAAGCCAGGUCCCUUCAUCAAAGGGCUUUGGUGAGAGAUGGGCAAGUGGGGGUGAGAGGCCCAGGCUGGGGCCUGGGGAGCACAGGUCAGUGUCAGUGCCCACCUGCCUCCCCAGCCCACGGGGUGGAGUCAGUGCAGAGUGGGGAUCCCCAGGCUGGGGAGGGCUGCAGGUGUAGAUGCUGCAUCCUGAUGUUGACCUCCAGGCCGCCCCCUUGGGCAACGAGCCUAUUUCCCCUUUUUGGGAGAACAGUCUCUAACAUGCGGGGUUGUCAAGGGUGAGACGGAGUCAAGGUUGGGGUGCACUGUGGGCACUGGACACAGCCAGGCUGGUCCCCUCACCUCAGCCUUGCCUCUGUCAAGUGGGCCUAAUGAACCCUCGCGAAUGGCCAGGCUGCCCGUGUGGUUGUGGGAAGCAGGUGCGGGGCUUUGGGAGACCCAGUUGGUGCCAAACUUGACAUUGUCUCAUGGUCUUCUUUCCAAAUGGAGUGUGCCAGGCACUGCCAAGAAGCCCCUGAGGAUCCCCAGGUUCCAGCACAAAUUAUUUAACCCCUGGAAUGGUUUGUCCUGAUCCAGCCAGUUCCUGGGAAGUUCCCCACCACAGGGCCAAGCGUUUGGUAACCUUGCAGUGAACCCUGAAGGCAAUGAGGGGUGCGGGUCCAUGCCCAGCCCUUUCCUUUCGUCCACCCUGACAGGCUGCUGCGAUUCCCUCCAUUUCUUUUCUUCCUUUAUUUUUUAUUUUUAAUUAUCUAUUUAUUUUUUAGAGACAGGGUUUUGCUGUCUUCCCCAGGCUGGUUCUCAAGCCCCUGGCCUCACGCAUUCCUCCUGAGUUGGACUCCCAAAGUGCUAGGAUUACAGGUGUGAGCCACCGCACCUGCCCUCUUUUUUUUUUCUUUAAGAGAUAGGGUCUUGCUCUGUUGCCCAGGCUGCAGUGCAGUGGUAGAGCAUCAUAGCUCACUGCAGCCUUCAACUCUGGGCUCAAGUGAUCCCCCACCUCAGUCUCCAGAGUAGCUGCAUCACCAUGGCUGGAUACUUUUUGUUUUUAAGAUAGGGUCUCGCCAUGUUCCCUAAGCUGGUUUCAGACUCCCGGGUUCAAACAGUCCUCCCACCUCGGCCUCCCAGAGUGCUGGGAUUACAGGUGUGAGCCACCAUGCCCAGCCCCCAGGCCUCCUGCCUUUCACAGAUGAGGCUCAGGAAAGGAUUUGACCUGUCAUCCAUCACACACCUAGUAAAUGGUUGAGCAAACUGAGUCUCUGGAAAAAGAAGCCAGAGAUCCCAGGGGACAUGGUGGGUGAGCAACUAAGCCAGGACUGGGCCCUCAUCCAUAUGGUAAGAAGGCCCUUCCUGGUCUUUUAAGAAGUCCCAAUUUCCCCACCUUACAAUGGAGGAAACCGAGACUCAGAAAGAGUUGCCAAAGAUCAGAGGGUCGGGCAUGAGCCCAUUUCAUUUAUUUUACAAUAGCUUCAUUGAAAUCUAAUUCACAUAUCAUAUCAUACACUCAUUACAGGGUACAAUUCAAUGGCUUUUAGUGUAUUCACAAUUGUGCAGCCAUCACAAUUAAUUUUUUUUUUAAAUGGAGUCUUGCUUUGUUGCCCAAGCUGGAGUUCACUAGUGCACUCUCAGCUCACUGCAACCUCCACCUCCCGGGUUCAAGUGAUUCUCCCACCUCAGCCUCCCGAGUAGCUGGGAUUACAGGUGCGCGCCUGUAAUCACCAUACCCGGCUAAUUUUUGUAUUUUUAGUGGAGAUGGGGUUUCACCAUGUUGGCCAAGCUGGUCUCGAACUCCUGACCUCAAAUGAUCUGCCUACCUUGGCCUCCCAAAGUCCUGGGAUUACAGGUGCGAGCCACCGCACCUGGCCAGCAUAAUGUUUUCAAGGUUUAUCCAUGUUGUUGCAUCAAUACUUCAUUUCUCUUUAUUGUCAAAUACUAUUCAUUGGAUGAAUAUACCACAUUUUAUUUAUUCAUUAGUUGGUUGAUACUUGGGUUUCCACCUUUUGGCUAUUAUGAGUAAUGCUGCUGUGAACAUUUGUGUACAAGUUUUUGCAUCUGUUUUCAUUUCUCUUGGGUACAUAAGUAGGAGUGCAAUUGCUGGGUGAUGUGGUAAUUCUAUGUUUAACCAUUUAAGUAACUGCCAGACUGCUUCCUACAGCAGCUGCAAUUUUUCAUUCCCCACAGCGGUGUAUGAGGAUGCCAAUUUCUCCACAUUCUCGCCACUUGUUUUUUUUAUUAUAGCCAUUCUAAGUGGGUGCAAAAUGGUAUUCCUUUGUGCUUUUGAUUUGCAUUUCUCUGAUGGCUAAUGAUGUUGAGCAUCUUUUCAUAUGUUUAUGAGCCAUUUGUGUACCUUCUUUGGAGAAACGUCUGUACAGAUCCUUUGCCCACUUUUUUUGUGCCUCAGCCUCCAGAGUAGCUGGGACUACAGAUGUGCACCACCAGACCCGGCUAAUUUUGGGAUUUUUAAUAGAGACGGGAUUUUGCCAUGUUGGCCAGGCUGGCCUCAAACUCCUGAGCUCAAGUGAUCCAGCUUCCUCGGCCUCGCAAAGUGUUAGGAUUACAGGCGUGAGCUGCUGCGCCUGGCCCCCUUUGCCCACUUUUAAAUUGGGUUAUUUGGCACCAGCCCACAUCGUGAAACCCUGUCUCUACUAAAAAUACAAAAAUUAGCUGGGAUGGUGGCAUGAGCCUGUAAUUCCAGAUACUCAGGAGGCUGAGGCAAGAGAAUCUCUUGUACCCAGGAGGUGGAGGUUGCAGUGAGCUGAGAUUGCGCCACUGCACUCCAGCCUGGGCAACUGAGUGAGACUCCGUCUCAAAAAAAAAAAAAAAAAAAAGCCGGGGGUGGUGGCUCAUGCCUGUAAUCCCAGCACUUUGGGAGGCCGAGACAGGCAGAUCACGAGGUCAGGAGAUCGAGACCAUCCUGGCUAACACAGUGAAACCCUGUCUCUACUAAAAAUACAAAAAAAAAUUAGCCGGGCGUAGUGGCAGGCGCCUGUAGUCCCAGCCUCGGGAGGCUGAGGCAGGAGAAUAGCGUGAACCCAGGAGGCGGAGCUUGCAGUGAGCCGAGAUGGCGCCACUGCACUCCAGCCUGGGCAACUAAGCGAGACUCCGUCUCCAAAAAAAAAAAAAAAAAAAAAAAGUUUGGGGGUGUUACUUAUCUUUUCAUGAUUGAGUUGCAAGGGCUCUUUAUAUAGUCUAGAUACAAGUUCCUCAUCAGGUAUAUGAUUUGCAACUACAGUAUCUUCUCCCAUUAGUGGGUUGUCUUUUCCCUUUCUUAAAAAACUUUUUUGAGACAUGGUCUUGCUCUGUCGCCCAGGCUAGAGUGCAGUGGUGCAGUCAUAACUCACUGCAGCCUCAAACUCCUGGACUUAAGCAAUCCUCCCACCUCAACCUUCCAAGUAACUAGGACUACAGGUUUGCAUUACCACAUCUGGCUAAUUUUUAAUUUUUUUGUAGAGCAAGCCCCUUGCUAUGUUGUCCGGGCUGGUCAUGAACUCCUGGGCUCAAAUGAUCCUCCUGCUUCAGCCUCCCAAAGCGCUAGGAUACAGGUGUGUACCACCUCGCCUGGCCUCUCUUCACUUUCUUGAUAGUGUCUUUCGGAGCACAAAAGUUUUUUAGUUCUGGCCGGGUGCAGUGGCUCACGCCUGUAAUCCCAGUACUUUAGGAGGCCAAGGCAGGAGGAUCACUUGAGGUCAGGAGUUCAAGACCAGCCUGGCCAACAUGGUGAACCCCGUCUCCACUAAAAAUACAAAAGUUAGCCAGGCGUGGUGGUAUGUGCCUGUAAUCCUGGCUGCUCAGGAGGCUGAGGCAGGAGAACCCAGGAGACAGAGAUUGCAGUGAGCCAAGAUCGCGCUACUGCACUCCAGUCUAUGUGACAAAGUGAGAGUCCGUCUGAAAAAAAAAGUUAUUUAGUUCUGAUGCAAUUCAAUUGAUGGAUUUUUUCCUUUUGUUACUUUGUGAGCCUGUUUUUGAACCACAGCUGACCUCAGAGCCCUGAGGCAUCUCUCCAUGCUGAGAAGCAGUUACACCUUACGAUUAUGAGCAUGGACCCUGGAGCUGGAUGGCUAGCAUUCAAAUCCCAGUUUACUUACCUGUGGUCUUGGGGAAGUUUUGUUGGUUUUUUUUUUUUUGAGACAGCUUCACUCUUGUUGCCCAGGCUGGAGUGCAAUGGCACGAUCUCGGCUCACCGCAACCUCCACCUCCCAGGUUCAAGCGAUUCUCCUGCCUCAGCCUCCCUAGUAGCUGGGAUUACAGGCAUGUGCCACCAUGCCCGGCUAAUUUUGUAUUUUUAGUAGAGAUGGGGUUUCUCCAUGUUGGUCAGGCUGGUCUCGAACUCCUGACCUCAGGUGAUCCGCCCUCCUCGGCCUCCCAAAGUGCUGGGAUUACAGGCAUGAGCCACCACACCCGGCAGUCUUGGGGAAGUUACUUAAACUUUCUGUGCUUCAGUUCCCUCAUCUAGAAAAUGGGGAUAAUGAUGUCUGCCUCAUAGGCUUGCUCUGAGGCUCAAAUAUGUAAAUUCAUGUAAAGUACUUACAACAACCUCCAAACUGUAUAAACAGUAUAAUUGAUAGAACACAAAUUAUGAAUUCAGUACAUAGAUUUAGCACUGUAUAAUGCAUGCUGUAAUUAUUGUGGCACUUGCUGUAAUAUCGUUAUUGUUAUAGUAUUUUCCGUUGUUGUUAUACAAGUAUCUUCUAUAGUAUUGUUGCUGUUUAUCUUCCAACUUGGAAGGUGAGUAUGGGCCAGGUGGGGUGGCUCAGGCCUGUAAUCCCAGCACUUUGGGAGGUUGAGGAGGGAAGAUCGCUUGAGGCCAGGAGUUUGAGACCAGCCUGGGCAACAUAGUGAGGCCCCUGUCUCUACAAAACAAAAAUUAAAUUAAAAAAAAUUUUUAAAAAGAAGGUGGCUGGCCAGGCGCGGUGGCUCACGCCUGUAAUCCCAACACUUUGGGAGGCCAAAGCAGGCGGAUCACGAGGUCAGGAGAUCGAGACCAUCUUGGCCAACAUGGUGAAACCCCAUCUCUACUUAAAUUACAAAAACUUAGCUGGGCAUGGUGGCCCGUGCCUGUAAUCCCAGCUACUUGGGAGGCUGAGGCAGGCGAAUCACUUGAACCUGGGAGGCAGAGGUUGCAGUGAGUUGAGGUUGCGGUGAGCUGAGAUUGUGCCACUGCACUCCAGCCUGGCGACAAAGCAAGACUCCGUCUCAAAAAAAAAAGAAAAUAAAAGAAAAGAAAAAAAUUAAAAAAAAAAAUUACCCAGGAGUGGUGGUGUGCACCUGUAGUAAUCCCAGCUACUCAGGAGGUUGAGACAGGAGAAUCGCUUAAACUUGGGACGCGGAGAUUGCAGUAAGCCAGGAUCAUGCCACUGCACUCCAGCUUGGGCGACAGAGCGAGACUCUGACUCCAAAAAAAAAAAAAAAAAAAAAAAUGUGCGUAUUGUUCCACCUGUUUGACACAUGAGGCCACUAAGCCCCACCAGAAAGCAUGCUUGGCCGAUGAGCUCACCCAUUCCUGUUGCCCCUGACGUUUCUGCCGGUUUCUUGUCCCAGCAGGUUGGGGGCGCCUGCCCCCCACUAGGCCAAGUGGAGGGGGUCCCUCCGUCCAAUGGGCCUGGCCAGGGCCCUACGCCGCCUCAGCGGCGCCCUGGAUUCGGGAGACAGCCGGGCGGGCGAUGAAGAGGAGGCCGGGCCCGGGUUGUGCCGCAACGGGUGGGCGCCGGCACCGGUGCAGUCACCCGUGGGCCGGCGCCGCGGUCGCUUCGUCAAGAAAGACGGGCACUGCAACGUGCGUUUCGUGAACCUGGGUGGCCAGGGCGCGCGCUACCUGAGCGACCUGUUCACCACAUGCGUGGACGUGCGCUGGCGCUGGAUGUGCCUGCUCUUCUCCUGCUCCUUCCUCGCCUCCUGGCUGCUCUUCGGCCUGGCCUUCUGGCUCACUGCCUCGCUGCACGGCGACCUGGCCGCCCCGCCACCGCCAGCGCCCUGCUUCUCACACGUGGCCAGCUUCCUGGCCGCCUUCCUCUUCGCGCUGGAGACGCAGACGUCCAUCGGCUACGGCGUGCGCAGCGUCACCGAGGAGUGCCCGGCCGCUGUGGCCGCCGUGGUGCUGCAGUGCAUUGCCGGCUGCGUGCUCGACGCCUUCGUCGUGGGUGCUGUCAUGGCCAAGAUGGCCAAACCCAAGAAGCGCAACGAGACGCUGGUCUUCAGCGAGAACGCCGUCGUGGCGCUGCGCGACCACCGCCUCUGCCUCAUGUGGCGCGUCGGCAACCUGCGCCGCAGCCACCUGGUCGAGGCCCACGUGCGUGCCCAGCUGCUGCAGCCCCGUGUGACCCCAGAGGGUGAGUACAUCCCGCUGGACCACCAGGAUGUGGAUGUGGGCUUUGAUGGAGGCACCGAUCGUAUCUUCCUCGUGUCCCCCAUCACCAUCGUCCAUGAGAUCGACUCUGCCAGUCCUCUGUAUGAGCUAGGACGUGCCGAGCUGGCCAGGGCUGACUUCGAGCUGGUGGUCAUUCUCGAGGGGAUGGUUGAGGCCACAGCCAUGACCACACAGUGUCGCUCGUCCUACCUCCCUGGUGAACUGCUCUGGGGCCAUCGUUUUGAGCCAGUUCUCUUCCAGCGUGGCUCCCAGUAUGAGGUCGACUAUCGCCACUUCCAUCGCACUUAUGAGGUCCCAGGGACACCGGUCUGCAGUGCUAAGGAGCUGGAUGAACGGGCAGAGCAGGCUUCCCACAGCCUCAAGUCUAGUUUCCCCGGCUCUCUGACUGCAUUUUGUUAUGAGAAUGAACUUGCUCUGAGCUGCUGCCAGGAGGAAGAUGAGGACGAUGAGACUGAGGAAGGGAAUGGGGUGGAAACAGAAGAUGGGGCUGCUAGCCCCCGAGUUCUCACACCAACCCUGGCGCUGACCCUGCCUCCAUGAUGCAAACUGAUGUCCCCUUCCCCAUGUAUGCCCCCUUCCCCAAGGUAGCAAGAUGGAGGGAUGGGGCUCUCUCCUGGGAUGGGGGCAGGUGUUCCUGAAUACCGACAGGCCUGCUGGGUAAAUGACUAGGUGGUAAGGUUCUGCCAUGCCUGGUGACCCACCAUGGACAUACUGGACCUUAAUUCAUCUGCUUCUGUGCUCCCUCCUGAGAACCCUUUAUGAGCCUGAUUCCUCAGUCUCACCAGAAUUCUGGAUCACCCAAGAGGAAAAGACUGGCGGUUCUAGAUUCCUCUAUAUGGGGAGACCUGGAUUGUUGACCAGGGUGAGAAGCCAAUGGUAUAGACUGCCUCUGGGGAAGCAAGUUGGCAGUUCUUGAACAGCAUCAGAUAUCAAGAGUUUGUAGGUCUGGAUUCACCUAAGAUUCAAGGGAGUGUUGCUUCUCAACUCAGCCAACUGAAUAGCAAAUCAUUUGUUCUAGACCACCUAAGGAGGGAAGGUUAUGGAAUGCCCCAAGUAUUCAAGAUCAUCUUGAUUGACCAAAGACAAAAAAAAAAAAAAAAAAAAAAGACCUGUGGUUCCAGAAAGCUCAUUAGUUGAGAUUCUGUGAGUCUAGGUUGACCACAGAGGCAAGCACUGGUGAGUCUAGGACAGAUUUUACCUGGAGAGUUGAACUACUCCAGAAACUAAAAAGUAAUGUUUCUAGAAUGCACAAAACAUUGUUAGUCUGUGGGUUUAGAAAGACUGAAGUGACAGAUUAAGAGUUCUUGAUAUUAGAUAACUCCAACUUCUGGCUGUAGAGCACCCAGCCAAGAGAAUAAGCAGUGCUUUGAAAGGAUCCACUGGGUGGGUUGUUGGUUUUUUUUUAAGUGCCAUUCUAGAAUGUCCAAAGGGAAUCAGGAUUCUGUGGCUGUAGACUGAUCACAGAGUCAAGGAAGCAGUGGCAAUUCUAGAUAUCUGAGAUUUUGCUGGUUCCAGUUUGCCCAAUGGAGUUGAGAAUCUCAAUGAUUCUAGAUGACUUCUUGUGGUUCUGUAAUGCCAAAAGGAAUGAAGGCUCCAGGGAUACAGAGUUGUCCAUUACCAAAGCCUGGAAGUUCUCAUCACCUCCAGGUGGACUGCUUGGCAGUGCUAGGAGGUGGACUCAGGACUUGAGAAGCAACAUUUCUGGGCUGACCUAGAAGGUGAAGGUGAAGGUGAGACCCUGUAGGGCACAGGGCUAAUUAGUGGACAAGGGAAGGGGGAGGCCCAGGGCUGGUGAGUCUAGAAUGCUCUGGAACCCUACACCUAGUGAUGUGUGUCUAUUUCUUUUUCUUUUUCUUUUUCUUUUUUUUUUUUUUUGAGACCGAGUCUCGCUCUGCCGCCCAGGCUGGAGUGCAAUGGCGUGAUCUCAGCUCACUGCAACCUCCGCCUCCUGGCUUCAAGUGUUUCUCCUGCCUCAGUCUCCUGAGUCGCUGGGAUUACAGGCAUGAGCCACUAUGCCUGGCUAAUUUUUGUAGUUUUAGUAGAGACGGGGUUUCGCCAUGUUGGCGAGGUUGGUCUUGAACUCCCGACCUCAGAUGAUCCACCCGCCUCGGUCUCCCAAAGUGCUGGGAUUACAGGUGUGAGCCACCAUGCCCAGCCGUGUGUCUGUUUCUUAAAGAUAUUAUACAUAUGUAUAUUAUAUAUAUGUAAUAUAAAUACAGAUAUCUAUUUUUUCCCUUGGUCCCUACAACAGGCUUAGAGAUGGAGUGCUAGCUAAUUGGAAUGAGGUCCUUUUCAAGGACCCCAGAAGCUUUGCUCUAAAUCCCAAUGCUACCCCAACUUACUGUGUCACUUUGGACUCCUCUUCAUGUCAGUUUCCCCAUCUGUAAAAACGGGACAUUGGAACUUGAAGUUCUUCAGGGGCCUUUCCAGCAGGAUGAGUCCUCACUGCACCAAGGGUGGGAUGGGCAUUCCAGUCCUGGGGAUUUCCCUCCUCUCCCCAGUGCUGGAUCAUACGGCCUUCCAGGAGAUGCUGGGAUGUAAGAUACUCUUGGAGGCUGGCUCUGAACUCGGGUGUCUGAAUCACAGGGCAAGGGUAGGCGUGGGCUGUGGCUAACAGCCAGAGUCACUUCCCUGGCCCAACUUGGGGACCUGGGGAGGAGGAGGUAGCUCUGGACACCAGGGUUCUUCCCAUUGUGGGAGAGUGAGUGUUUUAGGGGGAGACCUGUCCCCCAGAUUAAAGAACUGGGAGCCCUA